UGUAUGAAUCAUGAAAAUCAACUCCUCCCCUCUUUGUUCGUCUGUCCGCCCAUCUGGCUCUCCCAGUCUCUCUGUUAAGAGACUUUAUGUAAUAUUUAAGUCUGUGAAACAGACGGCCAGAGGGACUCCGAGGCUCCCUGGUGGUAUUAACAGGGACAGAAGCCAAAACAUGACGAAAACAUCAGAGGAAAGGCCGGAGUUUAGUGGAUGAGAGGAAAACAUUUGGUGAUCGCAGUGGAUUAGAGGAUUAAUGAAGGCAGCUGACUGCAGUGAGAGUCUCCAUCAGCCUCAUCAGCCUCAUCUCUCUCUCUGUAGAUCACCUCCCUGACUCUCUCCUGUCCGAGCUGUCAUCAGCGGACGUGUAGAAGUUGAUGAUAAGGAAUGGAGAUGGGUGGAUUCCUCAUCAGCAGGAGAGUCUCAUCUACAAUUGGCAAAGACAUCAGCAGGAUUAAGCGAUCAGGCUUCACUCAGCUUCCAACAUUUUAACUACUCCAACAAACGAGCUGCCCUCUGGGAAAUAUGUGUCUCCUUUUGCCGGCCCUGCUUUUCCUCCUUUUUGCCUUUUAUUCACCCCCAUUUCUUCAUCCGGCGGUCAAGUGCUCACGACUGUGUCCACACCAGUGCGCCUGCUACGAGCAUGCCGAUCUGGUGGACUGUCGCGCCCGUGGGUUUGAGCACGUUCCCAGGGGCCUCCCACGCGGCUCGUGGCUGCUGGAGCUGGGGGGGAACAACAUGAGCCAGAUCGGUACCCGAGCCUUCGCUGGGCUGUGGUCCCUGCGGGUGCUGGUGUUGACCAACAGCCAGAUACAAGUUGUACAACCACAGGCAUUUUUCUCUCUGUCCUUCCUGGAAAAGCUGGACCUCAGUUGGAACCAGUUGACAUCCCUGCCCGCCGACUUCUCCACCAGUCUGCUGGCUCUCAGAGAGCUUCGACUGCAGCACAACAACUUGCGUCACAUAUCUGGAUACAGCUUGGAGUAUAUGGACAACUUGGAGAAGCUGGACCUCAGUUAUAACCAGCUGGUGUCGGUAGGCCCCGGUGUGUUCAGGGGCCUCUCCAGGCUCAGGCACCUCUACCUGCACAACAACAGACUGACCGUGGUGCAGCAGGGGAGCCUGGACAUGCUGCCUGGACUAGAGGUCCUCCAGCUGAGCAACAACAACAUCUCCCGGAUAGAGACCGACGCUCUGGCUCCUCUCUACAGCUUGGCAGUUCUCGCCCUGGAGGGAAACAACAUGCAUCACCUCAAGUUCAAAACCUUGAUCAGCCUGCAUACGACAGCUACGCACAUCCAGCUGGCAGGAAACCCGUGGAGCUGUGACUGUGAUUUGCACCGUGUCUUCAGUAAGAUCUUGUACGUUCGCCACCUCCACAUCGACGACUACGGGAACGUGACGUGCCAGGAGCCGCCGCAGCUGGCCGGGGCCUCGCUGGCCUGGGUGGACAGCCAGCUCUGCAUCGCGGAGACCGCCACCGUCCUCGUCAUCACCAUCACUGUGCUGGUCACCGUGGCGGCGGCUUUGGUGAUGGCCGAGCGAAACCGACAAAGGAACAGUGGAAAGAACUGGGACACAGAGUCGCAGAAUCAAACUCAGAGCCCGCCGUCCUGAGAGCCAGUGGGACACGUAGCGAGAGCAGGAGCAGGACGAGGAGGAGGAGGCCCGGUGAGACUGAAGAGUGAACUAGCUUCUCUGGUGACAGGAGGCAUGCAGCGUACAGGUCAAGAUGGCUGCCACAAAUGGAUGAUUACUUGAUUGGACCAAUUCCCCUUUCAACUUUGAAGCCCGUAGAAUUUAUUCAAGUUUUUCUAAGUAAGAAUGAAGAAAAAUUCAAGUAAAUGAGUGCAGUUUAAUAGCUGUGUUUGGACACCUGGAACCUUUCCUCAGGAGCUAGGAACCUUUGCAGGGAUCAGGGUAUAAAUUAAGUUCUGGGGGGAAUCCUUGUCCCAGAACUUAAAAUCCCUGCUUGGGGGCAAGGCUAAGUACGAAAGCACAGGAAACUUCUGUGGGGCUCGCAGCUCUGAGUAUCGGUUGAGUACCUUGGCAUUUUAUUUCAUCUUCUGCAAAGAUCGUAAAAUCCCUUACCUUACUUUAUAAGGGCAGUAAGCAAUUCAAAAUCAAUACAUGUUUUAAAAAGAUAUUUAAUACGAAUAUUUCCUCACGAAAAAGGAACAAAAAAUGGUGCGGACCGCACCACACAGCACUGCGAGUGUAUUUUGUGAACCUCACUCGUCCGCACCUUAAAAGACGUGCUAGCGGGUGGCGCUGCAACUCUUAGGUUUUGACCUAGUGGUGAGCUAGUGCUCGUGUCUUUUCUGAUCAACAGCAGCACAAUUUGGAUCUCCUUCAUGUUAACUGUUGUUGUUCCAUCUAUUUAGCAUUAGCAUCAUUGUAAAGUCUUCUGCGUUACCGCCACCUGGUGGACGGAAGUGGAACCGCUUGUUGUAGCCGUCAGUUGCUCAUAUAUGUCAGCAGGCUAAUUUGCCUGAUCUCCAUUGGUCUUUAGAUCGUGGUGGAAACACAGGUCAACAACGAUCUGCAAGAACCUUUUAGUUCCCUGAAAAAAGUUCCUCGGACUAAAAGUUCCAAUUACUUUUGGUCGGAACGCUUAACAUCGUAAAAAAAUAGAAAACCAUCGCAAGGAAAGAAAAGCAGCGAGUGGGACUUUAUAAAUAUUUACUAAGUGAAUAUAUGUAACCUGUCAGAUUCAGUGAUCGCAGGCUCUUGUUUUGCAGCUACAUACUUGGUUUGGGUGACAAUUUAAAGGAGUAUUUCAACAAAUCGAGGUUCACAGUGCUUGUGUAAAACCAAGCCAAACCAGGACAGAUGAACAUUUCCCAUCUAGCAACUCAGCUCAGUACUUCAUUAUAGACCCUUCCUGCCUGGUAAUUAGUGGCAUAUCAUCUCUCAAUCACAUUUUUGAUAUCGCAUAUUCAUAUGGUAAUCAUCAGUAUCAAGCUUUAUAUCAAUAUUAUUCAACUAUCACCCAACCAUGCUAUAACCUUUUUGAAUAUUUUGAAUAUUGUCAGUUCCAUAAAAGCUAAAGAAGGUUGUUUUACUAGAUAUGGCAUACGACUGUUAUUGCCCCCCUCUAGAUGUAACACUCUGUACUGCACCACUGGUUAUUUCUGAUAAAAUUUCAGUCUAU